AAAGAAUUGAAAAAUAUAUUUUCCAUGUAUGCUGAUAAUGUUUCUAAGUACUCUGUUCCUGCUUCUAGCAACUCAAACGAGUCUUUAAACAGUAUUAUUUCUCAUCAGCUUCCUAAAAAUAAGAGCUAUAGUACAAGUAAUUCUGCAGAUUUCCGAGUAGCAUCUGCUAUUUUAUUAAAAAAUGAAGGAAACGCUUAUUUGGUAAAUGUAAAAAAUAGACUUGGACUUUCUGUUAGUAACAAUACUGAAGUUCAUUGUAAAAAAGUAGAUAAGCUUAGAUGUUAUAGGUCUGUAAAAUCAAAAACAAUAAAGGCAAAGAGACGUAGACUGGAAUUAGCUGUGAGUAGAGAAAACUUGAGAAAAGCAUUAGAGAGUAAAGAAGGAAUUACCUAUCAAGGAAAUAUUUCUUUUGAAAUAAAUAAUAGUAGCAAAAUUAACAGUAAAACUGCUGUCAUUCCUAUCGUUGAAUCUACACCCUUGUCAAUCAAUAAUUGUAAGAUAAUUUGUUUCGAUCUCGAAACUUCUAGUCGACGAAAAAGUGCAGAUAUAUUGCAGAUUGCAGCGAAAGUGAAUGAACACAUUUUUUCUGUUUACAUCGAACCUACUCAACCUAUAGAAAAAGAAGCUACUGAAGUAAAUGGAUUAGAAAAUAUAUAUGGAAAGCUAUACUUACGAGGAAACAAACUUACAACAAUGACUAUGCACGAUGCACUGCAAGCCUUUUAUAAAUUUUUAACAAAGUUUUCAACUGGUUGUUUACUAACUGCUCAUAAUGCGUCAUUUGAUGUAUCAUACCUGAUUCGAGAGAUUAAAAAAUAUUCAUUAAUCAAUGAAUUUCAAGGAAUCAUUUACGGAUUCUGCGAUACUCUAAAAUUGUUUAAAAAAAUUUCCUGAUUGGAAAGGUAAAGGAAUGUUAACCCUUUCUAAAUUAGCAGAAGAUUUGUUGAUAAAUGAUCUAUCGAGUGAAAGUUGUCAUGAAGCUUCAUAUGACGUUAUUAUUAUUUUAGAAAAAUUAAUAAAUUCACUUUUAACAAGUGAUGAUUUGUUUCAAUGUGCAACAUACUCUAAUACCGUACGGUCAAUUUCGCUGAGAUUGUACUUCUGUAAGUAUUCAAUUAAUGUUGCUCAAAUUUUCGUAUUAAUCCUUAUUGUAGGUUAUUUGCAGCGGUUUAAGUAUUAGGUUUUGUACGUCAAUUUCCAUAACCGCCAUAUUAAAUAUCGAGAAAAAAGUAAACUUUAAGUAGUCAUAUCUCGGAAACUAUACGGUAAAUCGAACCCAUAUUUAACACACAUACGUAUUAAUAUUUAAUUUAGUUUUGCUGCAAGUUUAAAGGAGAUCUGUGCUCUCAUAGUUUUUGACCAUACUACCUUAAGCUUUUGGUAUUCCACAAGUUGGCUACUUAGACUCAAGUCACAGUACAUAUCGCAAAUUUAACAAGAAUAGAUGUAUGAUCUUCUGGAAACAAGCAAAACUGUAAUUCUUCUAUAAUACUAAAAAAAAUUGCAACUUGACUGCAGGGUAUACUUAUUGCUGUCAUUAAUCCGAUGACAUUCACGUCUAACUUAAUUUACAAUAAACAUAUUAAAUUAUUUUGUAUUAACAAUUAUUAAACGACUCUACCUAUGCUUACAGUAUCCUUCAUAAGUUUGGAAACACCUCAUAAGAGUGCAAUAUAAAGGAAAAACAUUGUUGUACAAAUAAAGUCGAUAUAUUUUGCGUUAUGUUUGUUUAAUUACAGAAAACCAAACCUUUUUCUUAGUUUUCUUUAGUUCAAGAAGUACAAAACAAAAUAUAUCGAUUUUAUUUAUAUAUCAAUGUUUUUCCUUUAUAUUGCAUACUUUUACGAAGUGUUUCCAAACUUAUGGGGGAAGGGUACUCUAUCUAUUUUAAAACGUUCUUUUAAUGUUCCAAACAGGUCCACUUUUGAUCCGUUUAGUUCUUAAAAUGGACAUUUUUCAGAUAUCCAGAAAAGUCACUGGAUAUCUUUAAAAUGUCCUAAAAAUGUUUCAGGCUAUAAUUUGGAUGUUUAAAAUACGUAUGAAACGUCCAGUACGUAUAGUUUUAGUACGUUUUUAAAACGUUACUGUGCUGUCUGGGAUACAUCUUCGAUUAUCAGAGAUAUUCAAUACCAUGGAUUGUGAUAAUGGAUGGUUCGGCAAAAACCAUAUACUUCUUUUUGGAGAUUUAUUGCAACUUCCACCUGUACAUGAAGAUCCGCCUUUUAUUGAAUUAUCAACAUUACAAAUUCAGAAGUAUAUUGGUGCAAUGGGCUUUGUAAAUUUAUGGUCUUUAUUCAGUUAUGAUAAAUUACAAAUUAAUGUGCGACAACAAGAUAAUGACUCUUAUCGAUAUAUUAACGAGAAUUCGAGUUGGAACAGUAACAGAUUCGUAUGUAACUAUUUUAGAAACGAGAAAAAUGAAUUUCAGAGAAACUAAUUGUGAUGACCGAUUACAAGAUUUAUGUAAUUACUUACAAAAUUUACCAAUGGAUACAGUUUGUUUACUUCAAACUUGUGCAUUAUGUGAUGUUUUGAAUACAGCAAUGUUAGAUCGUAUUUCUUCGGAUAAGAUAGAACUCGUUGCUCAAGAUCUGGCAGAAUGUGCAUCAUAUUUAAAGAAAAAAGUUAUGAAGAUAUUAAAUAAAAACGAUAAAGAUACUUCUCGAACAGCUGGAUUAGCAAGAAUCAUAACUGUCGAAGUAGGAGCGCGUGUAAUGAUUAGAAGAAAUAUCGAUGUUAGUUUAGGUCUUGUGAAUGGUACCAUUAGUACAAUUACAUCAAUUAUACGUAGCGCAAUUGACAAUAAAGUGGAAAAAAUAAAGAUAAGACUGUCAUCAGGAAUAGAGCAUAUUAUAGAACGUGUAAGUGUCAAAUUUGAAGUAAUGGAUAGAGCAUUUAUUAUAAGAAACUAAUUUCCUAUAUGUCUAAGUUAUGGUAUGACUAUCCAUAAAAGUCAAGGCUUGAGUUUAAAGCAGCUAUAGUGGAAGCUGGAAAUUCUAUAUUCAAUAGUGGACAACUAUAUAUCGCUCUUUCACGAGUGACUACGUUGAGUGAAGUGCAGCUUAUAAAUUUUGAUCCCUCUUCUGUAAAAGCAAAUGAGUUAGCUAUAAUAGAAUAUAACAGAUUACGAACACAAUACAGGCCAGAUCUUGUACGUAUUAAUAUUUUUAAACAACGUGUUCAUAAGGUUCGUGAUACAAUUUGGGCAAUAUCAAAAACUGUCUUGGAAUGUCAAGUUAGUGAUAAGGAUAUUAAUGAUUAUACUUUAUGGCAUAUAAGAGGACUUCCAAAUGUGAUAAUAUAUCUUGCUAUGCUAAUGUUUGAAUUCAAUGUAUACUUCAUUCUUCUAUUCAUUCUUCUCAUACUCUCUCAGAAAAUUGUUGCUUCGUCUUGAGCAUACGAAUAUUAUAAGACAAUUUAUUGAUUCUUACGUAUCAAAUGAUAAAAUUAUUAAUAUAAUGGCAAUACGGCAAUUAGCAGGACAUCAAUAUCUUGAAAAGAAGAACGAGAUGUUAGUGAGUUUAUUAUACAUCUUAUUAAUAACAUAGAUAAUAUAAAGAGUGUAAUCGAGCACCAAUUAAACAUUACUUUACGAUGUAAAGCAUGCAAUUAUACAAACACAAAUAUUUAUACAAAUUAUAUAUUAUUGCUCCAAUUACCCGAAAA